AUGAAGUCUUCCUGGUGUUUUGAACUGGCACUCGCAGCCGCCACGGCCUCCUUGGGCAGUGCACAGGCGAGCAACUCGACAUACUACAACCCCGUGCUGCCAGGUUGGCACUCUGAUCCAUCAUGCACGCAAGUCAACGGGACCUUCUUCUGCUCGACAUCGACCUUCAUCGCCUUCCCCGGCCUCCCCAUAUACGCCUCCAAGGACCUCGUCAACUGGAAGCUAGCCAGCCAUGCGUGGAACCGCGAGAGCCAGCUGCCGGGCGCGAGCUGGAACACCACCGGCCAGCAGGACGGCAUGUUCGCGCCAACGCUGCGCCACCACGACGGCCAGUUCUACGUCAUCUGCGAGUACUUAGGCUUGGAGCCGGGCACCAUGGGCGUGGUGUUCACGACGCCGGACCCGUUCGACGACGCCGCCUGGCGCGACCCCGUGACCUUCAGCCCCGACUUCAUCGACCCGGACCUCUUCUGGGACGACGACGGCAAGGUCUACGUGGCGACGCAGAGCAUCGUGCUGCAGGAGCUCGACCUCGCGACCGGCGCACUCAGCCAGCCGCCCAUCAGUUUGUGGAAUGGCACGGGCGGCGUGUGGCCCGAGGGUCCGCACAUCUACAAGAAGGACGGCUACUACUACCUGAUGAUCGCCGAGGGCGGGACGGCCACGGAUCACUCCAUCACGAUCGCGCGCGCACGCAGCAUCACGGGCCCGUACGAGGCGUAUGAGGGCAACCCAAUCCUCACGAACCGCGGCACGGACGAAUACUUCCAGACCGUGGGACACGGCGACCUGUUCCAGGACCCGGACGGGAACUGGUGGGGCAUGUGUCUGGCUACUCGCUCCGGGCCCGAGUUCGAGAUCUACCCCAUGGGCCGCGAGGCGUCGCUGUUCCCGGUGACGUGGGAGGAUGGCGAGUGGCCGGUCCUGCAGCCGGUCAGAGGCAACAUGAGCGGGUGGGCGAUGCCUGAGACGGACCGGGAUAUCCCGGGAGACGGCCCCUUCAACUCGGACGACGACGUGUAUGACUUUGCCAUAGGAACGCCAAUCCCGCGGAACCUGGUGUACUGGCGUGUACCCCGCGACGGCACCUUCUCCAUCACGGACGAGGGCCUCGAAAUCGUACCAAGUCGUAACAACGUAACCGGCGCGCCGUACUCCGAGACUACCCCCGAGCUGAGCGGCCAGAGCGGCCUCUCCUUCAUCGGUCGCCGCCAGACAGACACGCUCUUCACCUACAGUGUGGACCUCGCAUUCACCCCACAGUCCGUCGGCCAAGAAGCCGGCAUCACGGUCUUCCUCACACAAGUCAACCACAUCGACCUGGGCGUCGUCCUCCUCGCGCCCAACGCCUCGUACCCGACCAUCAAGACCCGCGCCGAGCCACAAUUGGCGUUCCGCCUGCGCGCCGAAGGCACCGGCACGCCGCCAGCGCCCAAGACUCUGCCGGUGCCGGCGGGCUGGGUUGGCGCACCCAUACGCCUGCAGAUCCGGGCGGCGAAUGCUACCCACUACAGCCUGGCGGCCAUGUCGGCUGCAAACCCGAACGCCACGGUGACGAUCGGCACGGUGUCGGCCGGGCAAUUAUCGACAAACCACCACCACCACCACAACAACAACGAGAACAAUAUGGCCGAACGUGCUAUACCCUGUGCCCGCUGCCUGCAUAAGAUGGCCCGCUGGACGGCUGGAGAGGAGCCCUUCUGCGUGCGAAGCGGACAUCCCGCGGCCUCGAGCUUGUUCGGGUUUUGCACGACGGCCGGUGUCCAGCAUAUCGCAGAGGUGAAGGCAGCGCAGGUCAAUUGGCGCCAGGCCAUGCAGCCUGGCGAGAAGGACCAAGCCGAGGAGAUUGAGCAUCGUGAGCGCAAGCUCUUGGCCUUAGAGCAGGCUGCGCGCGCGACUGAGCGCCUGGCCAGGGCCAACGAGGCCAUCGCGGGCUCGCUGCGAAGUAUUAGUGACGCCAGUAUCGAAUUUGGCGGCAAUCAUGCUAAGGUCAACCGCAAGGCCCUUGUUGUGGAGAAUGUUAAGCAGGAUGAGGAGGAGGGCGGUGGCAAGUAG